UGUAGGGAUCAGGGUUAACAAACCCUCAGCGGUUCACUGCUAAGAGGCUGCGGGCUGUCUGCGCCCGCCGGCCGUGAGCUAGACUAGACAUCUCUAUGGUCAAAUAAACAUAGAGCGGUUCCUCUCUGCCCCACGGGGUGGAGCUGCGCAUGAGCGGUAGCCGCAGCAGCGGAAAGAUGGCGGAGGAAGAGCAAAGAAAAAAGAUCCCUUUGGUUCCAGAAAAUCUCCUGAAAAAGAGGAAGGCUUAUCAGGCCCUCAAAGCCACCCAGGCAAAGCAGGCGCUUCUGGAAAAGAGGAAGCAGAAGAAGGGGAAAGAGCUCAAAUUUAAGCGACUGGAAUGGUUCCUGCAUGAUUCCUGGCGGCAAAAACGUGACAGGGUGCGCCUCAGGCGACUAGAAGUGAAACCUCAUGCCUUGGAAGUGCCAGAUGAACAUUCCUUAGCGUUUGUUGUACGCAUCCAGAGGAUUAAUGGGGUGAGUUUACUGGUGCAGAGUACCAUUGCAAAGCUUCGCCUGAAGAAGAUUUUCAGUGGUGUCUUUGUCAGAGUGACCCCUCACACCAUGAAGAUGCUGCGCACAGUGGAACCUUACGUGACCUGGGGAUUUCCAAAUCUGAAGUCUGUCCGGGAACUCAUCUUGAAACGUGGACAAGCCAGGGUCAAGAAUAAAACCAUCCCUCUGACGGACAACACAGUGAUUGAGGAGCACCUGGGGAAGUUUGGUGUCAUUUGCUUGGAAGACCUCAUUCAUGAAAUUGCCUUCCCGGGGAAGCAUUUCCAGAUGAUCUCAGGGUUCUUGCGCCCUUUCCAGCUCUCAGUGGCCCGUCACGCUACCAAGAAUAGAGUGGGCUUCCUCAAGGAGGUGGGCUCCCCUGGCUACCGAGGUGAACGCAUCAAUCAGCUCAUCCGGCAGCUGAACUAAACCCAGAAUAUCUGAAAGCACAAUGCGUUGGAAGCAUGUGUUUUUGUUUCUUGGAAUUGUUAGCCAGUAUCUUCAAAGAAGAUUAUUUCCUGCUAUAUCUUCAGCAGCUGGAGAGGAAGGGUCAGGGAGAGGAUGGCGAUGGUCCUGGCAGGCGCUUCUCCUCAGAGUCCGGUUCCAAGGAAAAGUUCCUGUGUGUUUCCAGUUGGCCGCCACUGGCACCUCUGAAAUCAGCAAACGACUCAUGCCGUGGAGGAGGGAGUCCUGCUUUGUCAAAUCUUCUUUCCGGGGGCUUAAUGUUGGUGAAUGAAUACCAGACAGCAGUGGACCAAGCCCAGGGUCAUAUUGAACUUGGGGCUUCCUAGGGCCUUGUUUUGGAAAGAACUUGAAAUACAGUUCGAAGAGCACAAAAACA